UAAUGAAAUUAUAUGGCAUUACACAAGUGACGUGCAACUCGGAAGUUUAAAGUUUUUCUUUUGACAUUUUCUGUCUUGCGUUUGGUUCUGUCGCCGCGUGUUGUACCGGUUCUCACGAAUUUCUUAUUAAAAUUCUACUUUUGUCGCAAUGGCCAUCCACAUCAAAGACUCCGACGACCUGAAGACCAGGCUCGGUGAGGCCGGAGACAAGCUGGUCGUCAUCGACUUCAUGGCCACCUGGUGCGGACCCUGCAAGGUCAUCGGGCCGAAACUGGAUGAGCUGGCCAACGAGAUGGCCGACUCCAUCGUCGUACUUAAGGUGGACGUGGACGAAUGCGAGGACAUCGCCACAGAGUAUAACAUCAACUCAAUGCCCACCUUCGUGUUUGUGAAGAGCUCUAAGAAACUCGAGGAGUUUUCUGGCGCCAACGCGGACAAACUGAAAAACACCAUCCUUAAACUUAAGUAAAUUAUAUAUUACGCAGUACGCCGACCGGAGGAUGUGUUUAGUUAAUAUAUAUAUUUUUAAAACCAGUGUUGGUAAAUUCGAAAGCAUUUAAAUUGUAUUAAAUUAUUGUAUCGUAUCAGUUGUAUAUUUUGUAUUAUAAAGCAUUUAUAAACACAAUGCAGAUUUAUUUUUGGAAAGCUGGACUUUAACCACGAAGUGUCUUAAUGAAUAUUGCACAAUUUAAGUUUUAGGGAAGCGUACGGGCAUGCUUUAAUCGUAUUAUUUUUCAUUGCAUUAUGUUACAUACUAUUGUUACUUCAAUAAACAUUAAAAUGUA